AUGGCUUUUCAUAUUUUGCAUACAUUAAAACAUGGCGCUGAUUUACCUCCAGAAGUCGUUAAUUAUAUGUAUGCUUCAGGAGCUUUUAUAAUUCUCAAAGACUUCCCUGAGGGUCACGAAUUCGGUAUUGAUUACAAAUCUUGGACGGUUGGCCCUAAGUUUAUGGGUUUGAAAAUGAUACCAGCAGGAGUUCACUUUGUUUAUUGUAGUGUCAAAGGAGCUCCAAGAAUAGGUUUCUUUCAUAAUUUCAUCUCAGAGGAAGUUGUUGUGAAGAAAUGGGAUAAGCAGAAAGAAACAUUUUCAGACGAAGUCAUAUCCGAUGAAGAGGCGAGUAAAAUAUCAGCACAGGCUGAACUUGUGAGUAUGGAGACGUGCCUGAUGGAGAAUGAGGAGGUGUGUUCUAAGCUUAACGCGACGGUUGGCUGUAGUAACAGUGUUGAUCGCGAACAUCCAAUUCGCACUCGGUUUGUAGAUCCCCAAGGCUUGCCCAUAAUGAAGAUCAGGGAAGGUUAUGAAAUCCGAUUUUUGGCCAUACCGCAAUUAAAUGUAAAUGAAAAUCGAGUGGGCAUCGACUAUACAGAUCGGUUAGAACGAGUAAUACGACAACUGGAUGGCGACUGGAAGCAGUUACUAGCCGAGAUUCAAUUUGCAUUUACAUGCUUUCUGAUUGGUCAGGUGGGUCUUAACUCAAUGUUUUUUACGCAGUACAUCUGCCAAUAACU